AAAAAAAAACAACCCUGAUUUUGAUAGUAAAAAAUUCUGCGUCCUGAGCCCUGUAAGAUCUGUUCCAAGAUUGCAUUUUCUGAAGAGUCCUCAUUGAUUUGUUUGGUUUUCUAGAGAUCAUGCCGGUUGGACAAGGAGCAGAUCUUUCCAUUGCUAUUGAUCAAAUGCUCAAAAAUGCCGUUGGCUCAAAAUCAGAAGUUUGCAUCUUCAAAGUGCAUAAUGUUUUGAGAAACAUAAAUGCCAAAGCUUAUGAACCACAGAUCAUAGCGAUUGGACCAUAUCAUCGAAAUAAGUCUCAUCUUGAAAUGAUGGAGAAACACAAGUUGGAGUUCCUACAUUCAUUGCUUCAGCGGAGAAAGGAAAGUGUGUCAAAAUAUGUUUCGGCUAUGAAACUACUAGAGGAAAAGGCGCGGAGGUGCUAUGCAGAAGCAACAGACCACCUUUCACCGGAUGAAUUUGUCAAAAUGAUGGUGGUAGAUGGCUGCUUCAUCAUUGAAUUGUUAGUUAAGUUUACAGUGCUCAAAUGUUCACAGAAAAACAAUGAUCCCCUACAAAAGGUUGAAAUGGAUCCUCUUUUCAGAAUGGAAUGGAUUAUGAGUUUUCUGCAGCGAGACCUAAUGCUGUUCGAGAAUCAACUUCCUUUCUUUGUUUUGAGUAAGUUGUAUGAAAUGAUUGAUCCUUCAGGACACCAGCGCAUAUUCAUCCAGAAGGCGUUGGAAUUUUUCAAUGAUCUUUUCCCAGGUUAUGGAAAGAAUAGUAGAAUUGAAGCUUCUCAAGACAACAACAUCAAACAUUUACUUGAUCUGAUACACAGAAAUUGGUCAAGUCUGAAACUUGAACCUAAAGCAGAUUUCACAUGUAACAUGGAAAAUCUUAAGUGCAUCGGAAGUUCAACUGAACUAGCAGAGGCUGGAAUCCGGUUUGAGAAAAUAGACGAUGAAGUCUCAUUUGACAUUGUAUUCCAGGAUGGAUUACUGCAAAUCCCGGUUAUAACCAUUGAAGACAGAACGGAAUGUUUCCUUAGGAACCUUAUUGCAUACGAGCAACACUGUUGGGAUACUCAUUUCAACAUUGUGAUAGACUACAUGACAUUUUUAGGUUGCCUGAUUAAGUCUGUUGAAGAUGUCAAAAAGCUAUCGCGUCAUGGAAUUCUUCGCAGCUUCGUAGGUGACAAUGAAGCUGUAUGUAAAAUGUUUAGCACUAUGAAUAACUGCAUUGUUGGUCCGAGUAGCAACUUCCAUUAUGCUCACUUAUUCAACAAAGUGAACAGCCACUGUGACAGACGUUUGAAUAAAUGGAUGGCGAGUUUUCGGCGCAAGUAUAUGCACAGUCCAUGGGGUGUAAUUUCAAUUCUUGCUGCCUCUACAUUGUUGCUUCUCGCUUUGUUGCAGGUUAUUUUUCAGAUUGUGGCUUGGAAAUACCCCAUUGCAGCAACAUAA